ACCUUCCCGCAAAGUAAUCUGAAGGUAAUAUCAUGACCAACUGUAGUGGUUAUCUCCCUUAUAAAAGCGUCUGCUAAAUGGCUUAUUAUUUAUUAUAUUAUUAUGAAACACAGCAAGUGACGAGCGUUUUACUUCCUGUAGUCCCAGCUGACACUUCCUGUAGUCCCAGCUAACACUUCCUGUAGUCCCCAGCUAACUCGGCUGUCACAUGAAGCUAGCUAUCCCGCUGGUAGACUUGCACUGAUAAAACAGGCACAACAAUGAGUUCGUCUGGAAACGGAGGAGUAUUGGAAGAAGAUAUGGACAAUCAAAUUGUACAGGCUGUGUGUGUAGAUGAUGGGAUAGGGGUGAUGUCGGGGUCGAUCGGGAUGUCAGACUUCUCCGAUGAGAUCUUGUUAAGUAUCCUGCGCUAUGUCUCGACCUCUGACCUGGUGAAUAACGUAUCCAGGACCUGCCGCAAGCUGCACACACUCUGCUACGACAAGACACUGCUGACCACGGUCACACUGUCUGAAGAAUACACGGCAAAUGACGGCGCUAUUCGCCAGGUGCUGAAGCAUCUAUCCAAUCACGUGCAGUCCCUCAGCCUGAGCGGCUGCUAUUGGCUGUCGGGUUCUACCAUCGACCGGCUGAUUGGCUGUCGCUCCCUGGUGCGUCUGGACCUUUCAGGGUGUCGCCUCACCUCCCUGCGUCUGUCCCGUCUCCUCUCCUCUCUCUCUCUCCUCCAGUCUCUUGCUUUUGACGUGGCGCCGGGCUUUGAUUCCGCCCAGCUGAGUGGGGAGGCCCGUGAUUCGCUGUCCCGGCUGUCAGAGCUGAGACAGACGGUCUUGACGCCCAGUUACGGCGUUGUCCCCUGCUGCUCCAGCCUCUUCAGCCUACGGCUGCAGCUGGACAUACCUGACGUCACCAGGGAAGGUUCCAGUGUGUGUUGCCAGCUGAUGAUUGGCCAGAGCAGUGUUCCUCACUACCAACAGCUGGAGGAGUUUACAGCCCGCCUGGCGCCUGGAGAGGUGAACCAGACUCUGCUCCUCCUCUACCUGGCUGUGUUCAGUGUUCGUGUUCCGGAGCGUCUCCGCUGCUUCCUGGUUUCAGUUCCUGGUCCAAACCCCGCCCACUGGCCUGCUGCGUCCUCAUUGGCCCAUAGCCUCUGUCAGCAUGGCGACCUGGAAGCCCUGCAGUUGCCUCGCUCCUGGUUGGACGCCACAUCGCUAGGGCGGGUCCUUCUUAGCAACGCUCCCAAGCACCUCAACUUCUCCCGUUGCCCCACGUUACGACAAACUGUCAUCCAAUCGCUGACUGGCGCCAGAGUGAGAGACUCAACGAGAUUGGUCAGCCUGAAUCUCAGUGGUGUAGGCCACACCUCCAAUUAUCCAGAGUGCAGUAGAGCGCGGGGAGAGGAGGAGCUUGUUGCCGAGGCGAUGAGCCGGCUGGUUAUUGGCUGUCCCAAUCUGUCACACCUCAACCUGUUACACACGCACUAUCACCAUGACAACACACACACACCUGGGCUGGAGGACAACGCACACCUGUGUACCAGCCUCGCCAAACUCACGCACCUCCGCUCGCUGGCGCUGCCCGCCUGCGCCCUGUCGGACGGUUCGCACGCGCCCUCCCCUUCCCCCGCCCCCUCCCCCUCCUCGCUGCUGCUGGGGCUGAGGAAGCCGUCCCGCGUGGGGCUCCGGACCUACAGGCCGCGCUCUGAGGACUCUCUCCCCAGGGAGGGCGCCUCUUCCGGGCUGGGUACCCUGCUGGCUGGCUGCCCCUCUCUGGAGGUUCUGGAGUUAACAGGACCGGGCUUCGUCUCCGCCCUGCCGCGUCUCGAGCCCUGUGCCAGGGUGUGCGUGGAUCAGAGGGCGUGCGUGUGCGCGCGCGGGGUCGGGGACUCGCACGUUGCCGCGCUCCGGGGGUUCCGGGGGCUGCGGAGGCUGACGCUGGCGGGGUUGCCGGGGAUCCUGAAGGGGAACGGGCUGGUGCAGGUCUCUGAGCACUGCCGGGACCUGCAGGCUUUAUCACUGGCCAACCUGGGGUCCUUGAAGACCUGGAACUACAGCGCCGCCCUGCUGGAGACACUGAGGAACUGCACACAGCUCACAGAGCUACGGUUGGAGCAGCCCUACCUGGUGUGUAGCGGUGCAUUCUGGGAGGCGUUGUCAUGCUGCUCUCGUCUCCGCCGCCUCUGUCUCGUCUCUCGGAACGGAACCUUCCACCCCGCUGCCGUGGUGACCUUCAUGGAGCGUUGCCGUGACGUCAUGGUGUGUCACAUGUUCUUGGGCGGAACUCUGGUGGCGUGCCGCACACUGCAGAAAACACUGUUAGACCGUUUCUCUGUGGAGCGUCCGGCUCUCAGUGUGGUCAUCUACCCACUGCUCCAUGAAGACCUUCCAUUGGUCAUCAGAGACAUGCCCCUCCCACUGCUCGAUCAACUGACCCUCUUCCAGAGCCGCGUUGCCCAGGCCCCGCCCUCAUCACAAUGGCGACGCCAGAGUGUGAAGAGGCAACCAGCCAAUCAGAGCACCAAAGACCUCAUCACCAUGGUAACGCCAGUGUGAAGAGGCAACGAGCCAAUCAGAGCACCUAAGACCUCAUCACCAUGGUGACGCCAGAGAGUGAAGAGGCAUCUGGCCAAUCAGAGCUCCUCAGACUAGAGGUCUUCACGGGUCCAAAAAGUUAGACCCGUUCCGAAAUGGACCUGGGGCUUUCCCACCCGGACCCAAAAUGCAUAAAUUAUUUUGUUUAAGAUAGAGACCCGAUCCGAACGGACCCGAGGACAACUAGACCCGUUCCAUAUAGACCUGGUCGGAUCCAGACCUGAUCCAAGAGCGUGAAGAAGCAGAGAAGUAUUUUUUCAACCUCCUUUAUUAAUCUGAGCUGAUAAAGUGUGAGAGGAGGGAGAGA